GUAGACGAGUGUGAAACAGGACUACAUAACUGCCACGAUGAUGCAGAAUGCACCAACACCAAGGGUUCCUUCACAUGUACUUGCAAACCAGGAUAUACUGGGGAUGGCGUCAACUGUGCAGGUAGCAUAAUAUGGAGAUUAAACGAACACGUUUUCUUCUUAAGUCGUAAGCUCAGUUCCAUGCCAAAAAUAAUACAGCCAAAUGGAAUGUAGAAACCUGUUUCCAUAUUCAGUUAGUAAUAUGCCACGCGUUGUAUCAACCAAAAAAGUUUUGGCGUUGGUACGUGUCAAGUUGUGGCCUCCAAUCUCCCCCACAGAAAACUUUCCAUUUUGAUCCAACUACAUAAUAACAGCAGACAUAAUUUGAAGGCAAAAAAAGUUCAUUUAGAGGCAACCCUGCAAAGUACGUAUAUCAAAACAGCAAUAAAACUAGUAACUAAUUGCAACAAAUAACUAAUUGGCAUUCUUGCUUUCCUAAAACAGUCAAAUGAUAACUGGUCGAGCUCGAAGUGCAUCCCCAAUUAAGCACACGGGCUUAGUGCCAGUUAGGUUGGGGAGCAGCAACUCUGACCAACAGAUGUCUGGGACAGGGAACACUGUAGGAGCACAAAGGCUUACAGACAGAAAAACUUGGGAUCUAUCUUUAAUGUAACGGGAUCAUACCUAAUAAUAUACGUAACAAGGCAUGUAGGCCGAUAGCCAGCUAGGGCGCUAGAAACGGUUAGGGCGCAACAUUUAAGUCAAGAAGGUGGCUUACGACCCUGGCUAGAGGUCUGUAACAUUGCCAAUUUGACUGCAUCAAUCAUUGACUUAUGUCGUCGCCUAAAGAGGGGUAUGCGGGACAGCUGGCUGAAGCGUACAUUGAGACUAAAUACAUAAUUUAAGGAAAAGGAGCAAAACAGGGCUAACCAUACAAAUACAUAAAGUUAAGAAAUGAUAAAAUUCUGGAAACUGCCGGCAGGGCUGAGCUCGAAAGCAUGGCAUUACUAUCCCUCAUUCAAUAGACAUAAGAAUUAACCUGAUUCAGUUUGAUAAUUCAGCAAUAACUCUUGAUUUCCAGACAUAGACGAGUGUGACACGGGAAAUCACUACUGUGACCGCCUCCCUAGUACUAGGUGCUAUAACACCAAAGGAUCCUUCGAAUGUCCUUGCAGGAAAGGUUAUUCUAAAAAGGGCGGACAGCAUAUAUGUACAGGUAACAUCUCAAGAUCCCUUAAUUGAAACACUCAGAUAUUUCGUAGCCACGUCUCUUUCACAUCAAUUUCAUCUGUUCGAAAGUGGUUUUUCACUAAAUUCGCCUUAAUUUAAGUCGCGUUAAUCUCCAUAAUACCUUUUAUUAUCAUAGAGCAUUUAUUUCAUAUAAUAAGGGACCGUUCAUUUUUUAUGAGAGGGGGGGGCUGGUGGGAUUUGGGGGGGCACUCGAAAAAAAUUGGCUUGAAAGGGGGGGCCAGCCGAAAAAAAAUGAAGGAAAGGGGGGGUCGGACGAAAAAAUUAGAUUAAAAAUAGGAUAAGAGAUGUUUACAAAUCGAAGAAAAAUUGUGCUCUUUUAUUUAUAACAAAUAUGCUAAAACAGUUCCAGGGUAACAAGAAAACUUCUCAACAGCUUUUAUAUUUUAUAAGGACAGUGAACAUACCAUAAUAACCGUCUUGAAUAGCAAAAACUUUCUUUUCAUUCAUAAAAAUGUUGUUGUCAAGCUCAUAUAAUUAAAACUAAUAAUUUGAGUCCUGAAUUGGAACUGACCUCGUUACCAGAACUUUUCUCUGAGAAAUUUAAUGGGAGGGGCAUGAAACUACUACGAGGUGUCCCCUUCCUCAUUUUCGACGUUCUCUUCGAUCUCGUCGUCGCUGUGUUCCUCUUCUUCUUCCUCCUGUUCUUCUUCGUUGUCUUCCUCUUCUUCCUCUUCUUCGUCGUUUUCUUCUUCCUCUUUGUUCGUGUCUCCGACGUUUGAGCUAUAAUCUUCAGGAUGCAGGAAGCAAUACAUCCUGUUUCUUACUUCUGGCUUAAGGUUGGUAAUAAGCCUGCUUUGUGCCGCGUUGCUGAAGUAGCUUGAUUGCAGUAGGUGAGCGAUGAAUGCUGCAUUGCUGCAUUCAUUGUGAAACCAAAGUUUGUGGUUGACCAUCUCCAGCAUCUUGAGGUCAUAGAGUUUAAAAAAAAGAAGAGACUGGCGGAAAGGGCAAGGGAAAGUAGGUAGGCAAGAGAAAAGUCCUAUGAUGAUUAUCAUUGGGCUACUUUGUGCGAAGAUGCCGCCAAGCUAAAAAAGCUCCGUGUGCCAGAAUUGAACAAAUACUUACAACAUCAUGGGCUAUUAAAACAACAUCAGAAGAGCAGCAAGAGUGACAAAGUGAAGACAAUUAUGGGACACUUCCUGCAGAUGAAUACUCUCAGAACAGGUCAAGCCGAAGUGAGAGGCAGCAAUGAAUCGGGUCAACUAGACAGCAGUGGUGAAAGCAGUGAGGAAGAAGAAACUGAUGAUGAUUACAAGAGUGAUGCCCCUGACUCUGAAGACGACUCAAAUGAUGUCGUUCUUGCUUUUAUCGCCUCAGACGAGGAAUAUGUAGACGAGCGGCCAGCUACAACACGCUCAGGACGAGCAGUAACAAGAAGAGCUGAAAUUGACUUUUCAUUCUUUUGAGUGAGGAUUUGUUAAAAACAGCUUUCUAGCUUUCAGCUUUCUUUCACUAAAUUACGUGAAAUGUAACAAAACGGACUUUUUAAUGCAUUAACUUUUUAAAUACCUUAUGUAUUUUUUUUAUUCAUGGGGGGCCUUCCAAAAAAUUACUCUGAUGGGGGGGGGGAGGGGGCCAUGCGAAAAAAAUCGGAAAUUGGAGGGGGGUCAUACAAUUUUCAAAUUACACUCCUCCAAAUCCCACCAGCCCCCCCUACCCCAUAAAAAAUGAACGGUCCCUAAGGCAGGUAUAUUAUUGCAAUUCUAAUAGGACAUUUUCGACUCUACUCUAGCUUCUGUCCCGAGGUGCGAAGCCUUUUGGUAAGAAAACUAAUUUCAAAGGAGAAAGAUGUAAGAAAGAUCUCGUUUUGAAAAUGAGGGUUUUUGGAUCUGAUCAGAAAAUAAUAUUGAAAUAUUGCUCACAUGAAAUGGCUACUAUGGUAGGUCACAGUUACUUGCCGUGAAAGAAAAGCUAUACUCAGUUUAUUCACUGCCUGACUUCAAAAAUUCAAUCAACUUGUUAAUUGGUAAGAAAAGGUUUUGGCGAUGGCUUGGAGUGAUUACCGGAAAGCAUAUGACAUGAUACCACAUGGCUGGGUUAUUGAGUGUUUGGAGAUCAGUGUUCGGGAUAGCUAAGAAAGUGAAAAAGUUUCUUAUUGAUAGUAUGCACACAUGGAAAGUAGAGUUAUCAUCAUCAGGCGAGAUGUUGGAAGUCAUCCACAUUAGAAGAAGAGGCAUUUUCCAGGGCCGUUUGUUUGUGCAUGAUUUCAUUAACUUUGGUAUUGAGAAAAUCAACAGUAGCCUGCUCUUGCGAAGAUAUUUAAGGUUAACCAGCUUUUUAGGAACGACUUGAAAUUGUUUGAGAAUAAUGAAGACCAAAUAGAUUCGUUGAUGCAGACUUUACAGUGGCUUAGUGAGGACAUUGGAAUGGCGUUUGGGUUGAAAAAGUGUAGUUUGUUGGUAAUGAAAAGGGCCGGGAAAAAAAUAAGGUUUGAGUGUAUAACUCUUUUGGAUGGGCGGAUUAUGGGGGAAAUUGGCGAAGGCGGAUGUAAGAAACAAAAAGGAGUUGAAAAAAAAAAUGCAAGAGAGUAAAAAUCAAAAUUGAAUGGAAAGAAUAAGGUUAUAACGAUUAACACCUGGGAGUGUGCUUAGGUAUAGAGCAGGUAUUGUAAUGGGAAAACGAAGAACUGAAAGCAUUGGAUAGAAUGACUAGAAAGGUGUUGACAAUGAAUGAUUUUACAUACUUUCCAUGCAAAGAGCGAUGUUGAAAGAUUGUACUAUAUCGAGCUCGGAUGGAGGUCUGGAACUAAUAAGUUGUUAGGGGUUUGUGAGAGGUGAGGAAACCAUUUUUUGGGGUGUAUGUGAGGAUUACUCUUUAGACUUGCUACUGCAAGGGAUAAGUGUUACUGGUGUAAUUGAAUAUGAGGAAACAGUCACUGUAAAUAUGAAUUCAAAACAUCUUAAAAACGUGAAACUCAACAGUUGGAAGGAAAAAAGGCUGCAUAGUCAAUUUUUAAGAGAAAUACCCGAAACAAAACAACACAUGUAAGAAAAACUUGGAGCUGGUUACGAAAAGCAGACUUGAAGAUCAAACGGAAGCACCUAUAUAUGUUUGUAGCCCAGGAACAGGCUCUCAGGACCAAGUAUAUAACUGAUUACCAUAUUGAUAAGAGUGUAAAAAGUUAGCCCAAAGGGAAUAUAAACAGAGACAUGACAAUAUUGCAAAAGUAGUUUAUUGGAAGUUAUGUGUGAAAAGCUAUCUGGAAGAGAAGGACAGGUCGUACGAACACGUGCCUGAUAGUGUAAGUACAAACGAUGAGGUUAAAACUACUGUACGUGGGAUAAUGAACAUCCAAUGUCAUCACGUCGUUUAAAAAUAUCACGAGCUUAAAAGGGAAAUUGCAAGGAUGUGGAACAUUAGAACUGUGCUAGUUAUACCGACUGUUGUGGAUAAGUGACUGGAAAGUUGGACAUAACAAUUAUUAUUUCAUAACUUCAAAAAAACUACAUUUAUUUACUAGGAGCAGCAAGGAUUGUAAGGAAAGUGUUAGAGUCCUUGAGAAAGGAGUCGAAGUCUAAGGGGCCUUUGGUCAUGGGUUAUGACUCGCUCUCUUAAGUAAAUCGGUAUGAGAGCCAGUGCACGAAGCAAGAAAACAACAACAACAACAACUAUAAUAUAAUAAUAAUAAUAAUAAUAAUAAUAAUGAUAAUAAUAAUAAUAAUGAUAAUAAUAAUAGUAGUAAUUUAAAUGAUAAUUAUACUUAUAUAGUUAAUAAUGGAAAUUAGGAAUGAGUGGAGUCAGGAGACAACAUAGCUGGAGUCUGAUAUGUUUAACAAAAUUUGUGGUAAUUUCAGAUUUUAUAAAACUAAUUAAAACACAAGAUCUAGCGAGAGUUUUUUUUGCGGCUGGAAGAAAAAAAAAAACAACAACCAAAAAACAAAAAUGUCAAAGAGCCUGCGCGAUGGCGUAAUUGUUGUACCAUUGCUUAUAUAGGUAUGUAUGAUGGGCACUACCCCCGAGCACUGUCCCAUUACACUGUUAUAAUCUUAAUUAGAACAGCAUUUAGUAGUGGUAGUAUGACUCAAAUUGGAAUCAAUUCCGUCUGUAAUCAUCAGAGUGUUUAGAGGGUCUCAAUGGGGUGGUGGCAUUUACGGUUAUCGGCUAAAAUUUUGGCUCUUUUACGGUUAUCGGUUAAUUUUUUUUUUCAGUUAAGGUUAACUAUAAAGUUAAAAAUUAAUUUCUUUGUUUCAAAGAGUUAAAUAUUAAUAAACCUGUAUCUUUUCGUAUCCUUAAAGCAAAAUAAAUGUUUUAGGAUCAUCUCGAGAUGAAAUAAGUUAUUCUUCUGAAAAUUUUCAAUAUUUCAUAAAUCAUGCUUUUAGAGUAUUCCACUUCUAAUAUCAUUUUACACAUAAUAAUGUUAACAAUCAAAAAGUUUGUCAUCUUUUGCAUCCUGACGUGAUUUCCUUUUCUUCAGGGGCUACUGAUUCUUUCUUAGCGUCGCUUUGUAUUUCCUACCCUCUUCUCUUUUUACUACCACGAUAGGGUCUUUACCCCAGUGACGAACAGAUUGUACAACAUGAACUAAAAAAGAACAAGCAUACAGAUUGAGACUCGAACAUUUCUGUGACUCUCACAAGUGUCGGAGCCAAGCAGAGAAGUACACGGCUUUGAAUAGCUUUGCCGCAGUUUUCUCAUUCUCUUAAAAUGACAUGAACUCUUUGUUUAAAAUAGAAACAAAAGGUUAAGCUAUUGCCAGCCAACUAAAAUUUUUUGUGAGCCAUGAAACUGGACCAUUCCUAAUAAAAGACAUAACAGUUUAUUUGAAUAGAAUCUUCGUGAAAAGCAAAACUAGCAGAAACGCCGCGGGAACGUAAAGAGUCAAAGUAGCUGCGAAAUAAGCAACACAACCGUUCUAAGUGAGUUUAGCACGUUCCUCAAAAUUAUCAAAUCUAAGGAGCAAAACUUUUACGGUUAACUACUCUUUUUACCCUAUUUACGGCUAACGGUUAAAAUAUUUCAAUCAAUACGGCUAUCGAAUAAAUUUUGGGCCGUUUUACGCCUAUCGGUUAACCCCAUUGAGACCCUCUGUUUUGAGAAAACUGUUUUUCAGUAGUCCUUUUGUGAGCGAAAACGACUAUUUAGAAAAACGACAAACUGAAUAGUAGCACCUCCUGUUUUGUAGACGUCAACGAGUGUGCAACAGAAAAACACAACUGUCGCGGCAGUAGCAUAUGCCAUAACACCCAAGGAUCCUUCCUAUGUAACUGCAGGGUGCCAGGAUAUUCCUGGAACGGCGUUAAUUGCACAGGUAAAUAUACUGUACAUUGAGAUUGUACUAUAGUUUCCUCUGAUAAAAAAGGCCGCUAUGUGAUCAGGGUCUAUCAAAUGGUGAAAACAUUGUCAAUAUCAUCAUCAUUGAUAUCGCGGUUAUUUCCUCUUUUUCGUUGCUAGCUAUUUUAAAGAAAAAAUUAAACGAGAAAGGUUUUUGGAAUUCCUUAGGUUUUAAUUUGAUAAAAGCACAUGAAGUUUUGACAUGAUCUUUAAGGUCAAGUAAUACAGGCAACAUUUUCUCUUAACUUGUUGCACAACAUUGUUGCAUUCCAAGUUCAAAAGCGUUUUUGCCCUUAGAGUUUAAGAGUGCAAAUUAACUGUGCAGCCUUGUCUAAAAUUAAUUUGCCCUGUAUUUUGGGCCAUGGUUGUUUCUACUUUUGAUUUUGUGUUAAAAUUAGUAUUUAUUAUUUCAGAGCUUUUAAUACUGGUCUCAUUUCGGUGGCUGAACACCGAGAUAGUAUGUCUUUAAACUUAGAGGUUGCCAGUAAAAACGAUUCACGUUUAAAAGGAAAAAAGCACCCCAAGCACCCCCUCCCCUCAAUGGAGCUUUGCGGUCUCUGGGUUAAGGGAAGAAGCUGACGUUAAGACCGAUAAGAAGUUUUUAGUCAGACCUUCUUGUUCCAUCUUAAGACAUCAGAUAGUUACAGCAGUAACAGAACAUGUAAAACACUAGAAACCACUUCUUUUUGUAAUCGUUGAAGCCUUUAUUUUACUGUCCUCUUAUUUUUAGCGUUCAUGGACUCAAACAUAUUGAAAACAAAUUCUUCUUACUUCUACCAUCUGGGAAAAUUUCUGGACCCAGCGGUUGGGAACAAUUCUUACUGGCUACUGUGCUGGCGGGCUACAUUGCACGGCUGGAACGUCCGUACACAGUUUCACAAACGCUGCGAUGGAAAAAGAGACACAGUUACCAUAAUAAGAAAGGGUAAAUACGUUUUUGGAGGUUACACGGACAUUCCUUGGGGUAAGAAUAUUGCUUGCUCAGUUCAAAAGCAAAUAGCAAUAAGACGUAGAGUUGAGCCAGACCAGUCUUCUUAACUCUUUUUACUGCUGUAAGAACUAGAGAGGCUGGUUGUUACGUAUUAACGAUUCUGUAAAAUUGCGGAUAUGUUGAAUAUCUAUCCUCCCGGUUCCUGGCGAGAAAAUACAUGGACCGUAGUAUUGACUCAAAGGUUACCUAAGUUUUCUACACAGGCCACCAAACUGUGACCCUCACGGGCAUUUGUGUCUGAUUUUUGGCAACAUAGCUGUUCUUGCUAACUCGAGUACGCUGAUUUCGAAAAUUGCUGUUGCCAAGCUCAAGUUUGUGUUAAGGUGGAGUUUUAGGGCAUUUCCUUAUGACUUCACUGUGCAAAUAAGAAGUUUCCUUUCCUUUCCCAAUUUUAAAUUUAAUAGAUCCAGAAAUGGUUUCAAAGAGUUCUACGUAUAUUUUAAAGACCAUUUAGAGAAUUUAUAUAACGCUGUUUCUGCGAAUUUCGAGGCGUUGACAAUUGACUUCACCCUUUGAUAUAAAAUUCACACAAUUAUGGCUAAAGAUGUGGUAUUUAUCGUUACAAUUUUUUUAAGAUAAUUAAAAAGUAUAUUAGAAUAAGCCAUUCUUUGAUUGCUCGAGCUCUUGCCAAUUAUUGCAAAACCUUCACAUUCCUACAAUUUUCCUCUCCCUAAAUAAGUUACAAGACCAAGGCAACUUCGAAAUUCGAGUAAGUUCAAAUAGUUUAGGAUAUCCAGACUGCUUAAUAAAAUGUAGGUGCAUGGACACAUUAAAAAGAAAACGAGCUGCAGCGAUUCUCUCAGUACAGACGCUGAGGAGUGGCUUUCCACAAGGACCGACGAGAGAUGUGCAAAGCUGCUAGAAGCACAAAGGCAUGGAAAAGUGUUUGUGAUGAACAAAAUAAAGAGACAAUAAAAAGAGAAAGCGUAAGAGAUGUAACCACUCCUAGGGCUUUCCACAAGUUGCUCGGCAACUAUUUGGCAUCUUCUGGUACUUCGAGAAACUUCUCGAGUUAUCUUCUAAUUCUGAGACAUUGAUAUCGGAGCAGCUUUUAGUGCUUCAAAUUGGCCUUAAACCACUCAUGAAACUAUUUCAGAGUCAUGCUGUCUACAAUGGCACAGAAAUUUGUUAUCGUGACUUCAAACAAAAAGUGAAAAUUGAGCUUUUGAAAGAAAAGCUUGUAAAUAAUCCCCCCAAACGCAGGAAAAAAGUAUUUGUUGCGACAACGAGGCGGCCUCCACUUCAUUAAAAGGGCAAGUAGCACGAAGUAGUAGGAGAAGUGUCGCACCUGUACAAGGGAGUCUUUUCAGACGAUUACUUCGAGUCGUUUUUACUUCUUCAGUAACGUCUAAAACGACUGGCCGUUAAUACCGUCCAGUGACGUCACGACUCCUUUGCCUUAACUCAUGCAAAAAGUAAAACACGAUUUUCAACUGGCAAACAAAGAAAUAUCGUCUGGAAAUGUCUACAUGAUACAGAAGUGCUUUACUCUUUUUGGAUCGUAAUUCAUGUUUAACAUUUUAACUGUCAUCUGCAUGCAGUACUACUCAAACUCGAUCGUAAUCACGCAGAUAAAACAAGCUUAUUAAAAUACACACACGGAACACUUCAAAAACACAAAGAUUUGCUUUAAUUGAAAAGACUCUAUUUGGUUCUUAACGAAGAAGAAAGAAAACAAGAAAUAAAAGUCAAACAGAAUCAUUACACCUGGCGAUGGAAAUGACAAGACUUAAAUCCCAGAAAUUUUCGCUUUCAAAUUGUUUUAACUCCACGCAAACAUGCCAGGCAUGCGAUCCGGCAAUCCCGCUAAAAGUUCUCCUAACUAUACAUAAUUCUUCGAAUGUUUGGACAAGAAUCAACCAAUCAAACACUACCCGGUUUUCGAGUAGUGACGUCACACUGGACGGGAUUAGCGGCCCGUCGAUUCAGACGUUGUUAAAAGAGUGAAAAAGGACUCGAAGUAAUCGUCUGAAAUUCAGGCUAAUCUGGAGAAUGCAAUAAAAUUCCGCCUAGCUGAGGUCAGCGAUCUCAUUGCUGCAAAAGGGCCGGGAAGGUACAAAAAGUGUCUGAGAGCUUAGUACCAGACCGGCAAAAACAAAGAGGAAUCUCAACAUGCAGGUAUCGUUAUGAUUUUAUCUGCUUUGAGCUCGGCCACUAUACUGCAGUGGGUAACCAAAUACUUCAGCUAUCUGACGUAUGGCCGAGAUAUAAUAAGCUAGCCCAAAAAACCAAUACAAACAUAUCGCAGUCAUCUAUCAACAGGAAAGCAUCAUGAGAAAAGUUGGAGACUUGUUUGAAUUCUUAAGCACUGAUACGGGGGAUUACAUCAUACAAGUUAUGAUGUACGCUCCUAGUUACUCAACGCUGUUAGUAGAUCUACUGCACAAGGAGGGCCAUAUACAGCUACAACAGCCAAAUCCUCAAGGUGGACCCCUCACUGGGGCAAGAUACAGUCUGUGCUUGAAAGAGAUAAAUGGCACCGUUGUCCUAACUGGUUCUAAACCCGGACAACUUCCUGAUGCAGUUCACUGCUAAUAACAUUGACAUCAACCAUUCGUUACUAGGUGGAAAGGACACUUUCCACGCAACACAGGUACCUGGUUGACAAAGAGGUCCAAAUAAAACAAAGCAUUUAGCAAGCUUGAGGCCCAAAGUGAAUUGUGAAAUUACUAGGAUUCAACAUUGCACAAGAAAAACAAAAAGUUGUAUAUGUAUUCCUAAGUACAUAACAAAAAAAUAAUGGCUGUCUUUACACUAGGCUGAUAAGUAAGACUUAAGAGCUGCUAAGUUUUACUUAACCAAAAAUUCGUGUGUGAAGGCCUAAGUAAAAUCUCAAGUAACUUUACUUUGCAUGUCAUUGAAGUUGGAAAGUUGAAACGAUUCAAGAAAGUUUCAAGCGACUUGAAAAAAAUCCUUAAAACCGACUUAGCUGACUUGCGGUUACUUGCGGUUUCUUGGGGUGCUUACCAUUUGACAGAAGAAUCUGGCUGGGGUGUCGAAAGCAUAAUGGUAAGCGAUUUACCAGUUUACCGUAGAGUUGCCACAUCCGUUACGGUUUGAAUCCGGGGGCGAAUGCGUCUGGAACCGAGAAAUUGGUAGAUGGUAAGCAACAUUCCGUUUGGUUUGUACCAACUGGAAUGAACGGACUACCUCAAAACGUACUCCUCAAUUUUUGGUUGAAAUUUCCGAAAAGUGACCUUACCAUUUACCAUCCAUCCGGAAUUUCCGAAAUUUUUUGUCAAAUGGUAAGCACCCUCGAGGUUUGAGAAAGGCGAAACACGUCAAUCAAUCGUAAUUAUGUUGCGUGGGAAAAUAGCCUUAAGUUAACCUGAAGUAAAAAAGAAUCGGUUGUGUGUGAAGCUUUAUUUUACUUGAAGUAAUUAAAAUUUGCUGCUCUUGAAAUAUUUCUUAGCUUAUUUAGGCUCUAGUGUAAAGACUACCAAUGUGAUAAAUAUACAAGUGUUAAGGUGAUUUUUCUAUAAGAGGGCGUGGUCAAGUGUCACGUGAUGGCUGUAUUUUAAUAUAAGCAGCGUAAAAACAGUCAGAAAUUCUUUGGAUAUAAUUUUCAAAACACGAAUAACGCUUCAAAAGAAAUUCUCUUUUUUAAAUUUUCUCCCUUCUCUUUUUUAAAUUUGUAAUUGUUAAAGGAAAGAAAACCCCUCAUUUGGACAAUGACGUCAUUAGUGAAAAUCCCCAAACUCCACCUUAGCACAAGAACUGAGUUUGGCAACAAUGAUUUUCAAAAUCAGCGAACUCAAGCUAGUAAAAAUGCCUGUGGGUGUCACAUUUUUGCGGUAAAAUCCUUUAUAUUUACCUGACGGGAUACCCGUCGAUCGAAUGGAGAGUUAGUAAUCAAAUGUUUUCUGUCAUGAGCGAUAUUAGAUAUGUCAUCUUUACCUGCGACCUUCUUCACCAUCAGUUACAGGGUUAUUAGUUCUUUCAUUUAAGUCCAAUUCUUAUUUCUUCAGUGGCACUUACCAAGGUAAUAUGUUGAUUUGAUACCUAAUGUUUACCUAAAAUCUUCGUCACAUUACCGUGGGACACCGCGUGCUGUACCCAUUUCCUGACAAAAAAAAUGUGCUCUUUCCCUCCCAGUGUUGUUGUUGUUUUUUUUGCUUCUGUCAUUCGAACGCGCAAAAUCCAACAUUAAGGGGGUAGAAAAUACCACCACUGUCCCAGCUAUUGUGACGAGUGUUGUAGGUCAGUCAAUUCUCGUACCUCGGUAAAACGAUCAAGUCAAAUACGUCGACAUCAUGUGUUCUUAUUUUCAUGGGAUUAUUACGGGAUGAAAAGAAAUGCUUUAUUAAUUUGUUUUUAUUUUAUUUAUUUAUUUAUUUCUACGGCUAAAAUUUAUAACUUCGAGGAAUCCAUCUCCAUUGGCUAUUGUGUCUAGCUACAUAUGUUGCUUUUGUUGUUUACACUUUUAGUUUUUUCGAUCAAGUCAGUGUGUGUGAAGUUCCAGGUGGGGUACCCCCAUAAAUUUUGGAUAGGUGUUUGUCUCCGAGGGCCUGAAGUACUGACCCUAUUUGAGGAUGAGACAAACGAAAACUGAUACCUUAUUGUCUCCGUAAAAACCGACCAGUGAUUUCGGAUCAAAAAAUUUUCGUUGUAUUCUAGGAUAUUAAAGUCUUUACCUAACGGAAAUGCGAAAUAUAUUUUUUUACGAAUUUUUAAAUUUUCGGCCGGCUGGCGCCAGCGCCAUAGCCUUUGAAACUUCAAACGUCGCCUACAUUGUCGGCGCUACAGAAAACAAACAACUCGUUCAAGAAGCCCGAUUUUCUUUUUAAUAUACGGAUACACCACUCUAGAUGUCUUAGCCAUAUCACAGUAUGCACAAAUAGCGCAACUUUGAGGGCAGUUUAAAAAAGUGUGGCACCUGUCUGAACGUUGCUAUCUGUAUUAAUACAAACUAGAAAAGAUAGUAAAACGUAGAAAGGAAUAAAAUUUUUGUGCUUUUUACGUUUUCGAAUAUGAGCGCCGUUUGAAUUUCCAGAAAUUUCGAAGACAAGAUAAUCGACGAAUUUGCCUUGUUAUUCUCCUCCUUUAACUUCGCUGUUUGUAAUGUCCUUCUUGGUUUGUAGAGCCGGGAUACUAUUUUGCCUUAAGCUAUCGUUUUUACUAAAAUACUGGUUUUCUUAUAGUUUGUCCUCCAACGGAAUUUUUUGUCUUGUUUGUGAUAAAAGUAAUGGUACUCGUUGCUGGUCGCGAGAGUGACAUGGCUGUUUCGUGACAUUCAGAUUUUCCGCUAUUUGUUAGAGGUAAUUGCCUUUGAAUCGCCAUACAUCGAUAAACUUAAUUCUUCAGUUUAACGUAGAUGCAUUGAAAAAAUUGGCUCAACACAUUUUAGAGAAGAAAAUUGAGAAUCCGCUAAAACGCUACCAAGAUAGAAUGAGGUGACGCUACAAAAGUUCGUUCUAGGCCCCACUGUUUUUCGGAAAAUCAUUGGACAGGAUUAACACGUCGAGGAUUUUUUUAAAACGUUUCUACGUUAAUAUGUAUAGGUAAUGAGACCCAAUAAAACCAACAAAAAAGUGUCAACUCUUAAAAAUGAUUCACAAGGGCAAGGGCUAACGUACCUGGGCCGUGGCCAUGAAACGUGAACUCUUGCCCUCUUUACUUACCACAUAAUUAUGCAUCCGAAGCGCUCAUGUAGCUUUUGUAGCUUUCCCAUCGGGUAGCGGUAAGCAUUAAGAUUAAGAACCUAAGUCUUAAGGUUCCUUGUUAGCGCAUAUUUUUAUGCCUACAAAAGAACAAGCAAGUCACUGGAAGGAUUUUUGUUGUUUUGAUCUGACCAUGGAGCGCAUGAUCUAAAUCGUUGAUCCCCAGCGUUUGGCGCUAUUACUUCAGCGAUGCAUAUUUCUUUUUCCAUGUCUGUUCCCUCACUCAUUCUUUUCCAUCUCGUUGCUGUUCUAAUCUAGGUAAAGACGACAUACUUUCUUAGGGGCCAGGUCUGAAAAACGAUGUCAAACUGAAAUGACCUUUUUUGGCCUGAAAAAGGGUUCGGGCGGCACACCCCCAACAAGAAUUCCCAGGAGCACCCCCCGGGAUAACAUGUACUUCGAAUUCCGCAAUAAUGCGGAUCACCACCAAAAAGGUUUCACUUCUUUCUAUGCGUAUUUACCUACAGACAUACCAGUGACUGCAGACUGUGGCUCAAUCCAGGUGCGACGAGUAUACCAUGGGUAGUAUCUGAGCAAUGAUGUGCAUAAGGCUUCAAAAUUAUUUGUAAUACCAAUUACCGAUUGAAUAGAAAUUUUUAUAAUGAUACAAUACAUUGUCCCUUCAUCUGUUCUUCUGUACAUUUGCUCCCUGAGUAAUUUCCUCUGGCCAAUUGCAAUUCUUAUUUUCCCCAAAUUUUUGUUUUUGCGUCUUGACCGAAGUACUGCAAAUAGCUGUAUCACGACAAUGAUGAGCUUGACUUUCGACUCAUAUCGACUCAUAGCAGAGAAGUAUUUUUUCGGACCAAGACAAUCGCGACUUGCACUGAUUAUGACGGGUUGAUUGGCAAAAUAAACUCAAAACAGUCUUAUUCCCUAGUAGGAUUCGAGGUCUCGAAAAAUACUUUUAGAAUAAAAAUUGAUUUUAUUAAGUAAAAUUGCCAAAUUUCCGCGUUGUUUCCUGAGUCAUGUUCAUCUUCUCUACUAAAAGCGAAAUGUCUAUUAAUAUUAAAUUGACUUUCAAGAAUACUAGAAACUGGAUGCAGAAAAAAUAAAUAGUUUGUAAAAACCUUCCGUGCACAUUUACAUAAAGCAAAAAUCCAGAACUACUUUACAAAAUAAACUAGCCUGCGUAGAAUGGCGGUCUUGUCGCGCGAAGCUCGCACGAACGAGCAGUGCUCCCGCCCCAAUCUCCUCGUGGUUUCACAGCCCUCGCCCGCCUUAAUUAUAAGCUUGUACUGCGCGCCAGACCAAAACUACACAGGCUAAUAAUAUAACCGGAAAAAUCAAACACGUAAUGGAACAAUUCCUUUUAAAGGUUUAAGGAAAAAGUUCAAGAGUUAUUCUCUCGACCUUCUUUUUAUGUAAAAUUGGAUGUACAGUCUCUUAGACAACUCAGUCGGCACAGGUUAUCGCCUCCUGAUCAGCAUUAAGAAUACUGUGACAUUUACUAUGACUUGAAGAGUUGUUUUGUUUUCAGCUGAAAGGUAAAAAGCUAAGUCCGUACCUCGAAAGAGACAUGACUUACCUCUGAACCAAACCUGAGCCCUACACCCACCCUUCUAAACACUACUACUUGAGGCUACACGGAAAGGUAAGAAGUCGAAAAAGGGAUUGGAGGUCACAUUGGGGAUCUGCCUUUAGACUUCUCCCAUAGAAGGCCGCGCAAUAACCAACUGUACCAAUCUUUUCUCCUCAAAAGCAAGCGAAAACGCAAAGUAGCGCAGUAGAAAGCCUACCGGACCCAGUAGGACUUGUGUUUCCAAAAAUUGGGUGACGUUACAUGAUCAUUUUUUAGCUUUUCCUUGCUCCUAACAAAAAAAAAAGAUAUUGACACGUCCUUAAAGGGCGACAGUUUCGAGCCAGUUGCAGCCCAAAUAAUGAUCAAUUAUGUCUCACACAUACGAACAGACCCGCCCUGACGAAUAUCAGUUUGUAUUUUAAGUGGUUCGUUAUAUCUUUUCUUUCUUUCUGCAACGUACAUACUGAAUAUGUUUAACCUCAAAAAUCUCUACAAUUUGAUUUUCCCAAGGCCACAGCAGACAGUCGGUCUGUACACUCCUUCGCUAAGGGUUAAAAGAACAACAACAACAACAGCUCGUUAUUAAGGACAGUUUGCUUUGUCCGUGGGGAAAGAAAAUCCUUACAUUUUCUCUAAAUUUACCCCGAGAUGGUCCUAAGAUCUUUAUUUUCCGUUAAAGAUAAAAAAAUAGAGGUUUAUUAAUAUUUCACUCUUUGAAACAAAAGGAAUUAAUUUUUAACAUUUUUGUUAACCGUAACUGAAAAAAAUUAACCGAAAGCCGUAAAAGAGCCAAAAUUUUAGCCGAAAGCCGUAAAAGCCACAUCUCCAUUGAGACCCUCUUGUCUGCUUCGUGUCCAGUCCACAAGGACUGGCCUUGUCACGCAUACAACUACGCAUAAGUAUUUCAAAUAGAUAACUGGGCUAAAUUGUUUUCUUAGCGUCUUAUCGCGUCACAUUUGCAAAGAAAUUAGUUUUAUUUGCCCAAGAAAUUUUACUGCUAUAUCUUGAGGAGUCGAUCCUAAAGAAAAACUAUUUUUAGUAAAGACCUCGAGGUCGGGUGUCACAAACCAGUCAAACUCGCGGAUACGACCAUUUUACAAACCGGAUAACAUCGCAACAAAACAAGUAUAAACACGGAAUCAACGGCCAAUAUAAUUUCAGACGAUUAAGAAAUAACCUUAAAAUGAAAAAGAACUAAGGUGAGAUCCAUCAAGCCAUCAAGUGAAGUUGACUUUCACGAGCAAAGCACAAGGCAAGUGUUCGUUAAUUAUCAGGUCUUCAAAAUUUCUGGAAAUUCAAACGGCGGUCAUAUUCGAAAACGUAAAAAAAAAAAAUUAUUCCUUUUUAGGUUUGCUACCAUUUCUAGUUUGUAUAAAAUGCAUAUAGCAACGUUCAGACGGGUGCCACACUUUUUUAAACUCCCCUCAAAGUUGAGCUAUUUUCGUGUUUUGAUGGAAGGCUGAUGACACGUGCCAAGAAAAAGAUUCGUGCCGUUAAAAUGAAUAAAUAAUUCGGAACUGUGAUAUGGCUAGGACAUCUGGAGUGGUGUAUCCGUAUACAUGUAUUAAAAAGAAAAUCGGGCUUCUUGAACAAGUUGUUUGUUUUCUGUAGCGCCGGCAAUGUAGGCGAUUUUUGUAGUUUCAAAGGCUAUAAUGCGUCGGUGCUAACCGGCCGAAAAUUCAAAAAUUCGUAAAAAAUUAUAUUUCGCAUUUUCGGUCAAACAAAAUGCAUUUUUGUACCUAAUUAUGUAAAGACUUUAAUAUCCCAGAAUAUAAAGAAAACUAAUUUUUUGAUCCGAAAUCACUGGUCGGUUCUUACGGGGACGCGCUCUUCUGAGGCGCACCCCUACAAAAUGAGACCCAAUUCAAGGAAAAAAAACACAAACUAAGAAUUUAAAGGCGACACAUACCCUGCGUGAUCAGAAGGCCUUUUCGUAAAUUAAUUGUCAGUCAUGCUCGCGAAGAAAAGACCGUGAGUAAAGAAACGCCGAAAAAGUCUUCAUUAGGUCGCUUUCAUGAUACUCUAAGGUAAAGUUCAGCUAACAGACCAUUUUUUUUUUCUCGUGUAGCUGGGCAUUUAUACCUGUAGACUCUUGAAUGUUAACCAAUUGAUAACGGCGGGAACACAACACUAACAAGGGAAAAAUUGAUUCAGUAUGGAAGAAUAAGACCCUCAAAUACCAUACUUUUUCGGGCGUCAGAUACCUAUCUAGCCAAAAUAUGGGAGUACCCCACUUCUCCCCCCUCCCAACCCUCCAAGCAGUCAAGUUGAAGUUUAGUAAAUUGAAUCUAGUUUAAAGUCAGGGAACACGCAGGGGGAGGUGCUGGGGGAAAAACUUGCCCCUUUCCGCGCACUUUUUGUGGGAAAGAAAAAAAAAAUGUUUGCCACAAAUUUUUGUAGUUACAUUCAUGUUAGAAUUAAAGAAGGUAUAACUGUAGCUGAAAAGAUGCAAUAGUCAUUGUGAUUGUUAUGGCAUUGCAAAGGCUCGAUUAAUCCGUUUCCAGAGGCGACUUUUUACGCGUGUAAACAAGCGGCGAUUUCACAAAGACUCUUCUCGAGUGCUAACAAAAACACAAUAACCAUGCAGCCGUUGUCUCGUGGGUUUUGCGAAUAUAGUAAAAUGGGUUUUCUUGGCGGCAAAGAUAUUCCCACCUUAUUAUCCAGCUUGCGAUCCUAUAACCAAUAAAAGUAAAGGGGAGAAAAAUAAGUGUAGAUCAUAAUUAAUGUAGAACCAUGAUGAACUUUCAUUACUCCCUAAAACAAUUCAAUUAUCCCCAAAAAUUAUUUUCUCAAUUAUCCCUUACUGGUUCCCUUAUCCCUAAGGAAAAGGUCUGAAAGGUUAGUUACAUCACAUGUCAAUGCAAAUAAGAAAUGCAUUAUCAUUGGCGUAUAUCAUACAUCAUCUCUGUAUAUCUGUCUUUAAAGACUAUGUCCAUCUUCAUAACUAACUGUAAGGAAUAGCAAUACAAUAAACAAAGGGAGGAAAAUAAGAAAAAAAAACGAAAGUUGAAAAAAAUGUGUGAUUCCAUUUCACUCAUGGUUCUUAUUUAAUUUGUUUUGUUUUAGUUUAUGAUAAUUCAUUUAAAGUCAAGAAUAAAAAUAAAAAUAAAUAAAUAAAUUCAAACUAUGGAAAAUACACUACAGAGUAACUACACCACAGUGUUUACUCAAAAGUUAAUACUUACGUUUUGUUGGUUUGUUAGAGUCCAGUGAUCGCUGGCCAUGGGGCUUCACUCGCAAGGCGUUUAUUUUUUCAGUUAGCAAUAAAGAAGAACUGGAUCCCUUUGUGAGUGAGGUGAGGAGUCCAUACCAUGCAAUUGACAGGGGGUCAGGGUAUGGUCCAUGGUUUGGUGCCGACAUCUCAAUUGCUAAUAAUGCCAACGGUUACAGCCGCUCAUACGCACGCCUUGGCUGGGCCUACCCUGCUCCUGCUGCAGUGCAGGACCCGGACACAAUCCUGGCCGGGACUUUAUUGUUCUCACCUGAUGAGGUGGAGGUAUUUUAUCUUGACCCAACUCAAUAA